AUGUCUGGACGAGGAAAGGGAGGGAAAGGGCUCGGUAAAGGAGGCGCAAAGCGUCACCGCAAAGUUCUGCGUGAUAACAUCCAGGGGAUUACCAAGCCCGCCAUCCGCCGCCUGGCUCGCCGUGGCGGAGUGAAGCGUAUCUCCGGUCUGAUCUACGAGGAGACCCGCGGCGUGUUGAAGGUUUUCCUGGAGAACGUGAUCCGCGAUGCUGUCACCUACACCGAGCAUGCCAAGAGGAAGACCGUCACCGCCAUGGACGUGGUGUAUGCUCUGAAGAGACAGGGCCGUAAAGCCCCAGCUAUGCUUCAUGUCCGCUCAGGCAGGACACGGAUGCCACGAACCAAGCAGACCGCCCGUAAAUCCACCGGAGGCAAAGCCCCCAGGAAGCAACUGGCCACCAAGGCUGCGCGUAAGAGCGCCCCGGCCACCGGCGGCGUGAAGAAGCCUCACCGUUACAGGCCCGGUACCGUGGCUCUGAGAGAGAUCCGUCGCUACCAGAAAUCGACUGAGCUGCUGAUCCGCAAGCUGCCCUUCCAGCGCCUGGUGAGAGAAAUAGCUCAGGACUUCAAGACCGACCUGCGCUUCCAGAGCUCCGCUGUCAUGGCUCUGCAGGAGGCCAGCGAGGCCUACCUGGUCGGCCUCUUUGAGGACACCAACCUAGCCGUGGAUGUAAAGAUGUCUGGACGAGGAAAGGGAGGGAAAGGGCUCGGUAAAGGAGGCGCAAAGCGUCACCGCAAAGUUCUGCGUGAUAACAUCCAGGGGAUUACCAAGCCCGCCAUCCGCCGCCUGGCUCGCCGUGGCGGAGUGAAGCGUAUCUCCGGUCUGAUCUACGAGGAGACCCGCGGCGUGUUGAAGGUUUUCCUGGAGAACGUGAUCCGCGAUGCUGUCACCUACACCGAGCACGCCAAGAGGAAGACCGUCACCGCCAUGGACGUGGUGUAUGCUCUGAAGAGACAGGGCCGCACUCUGUACGGCUUCGGCGGAUAAACUCACUUUCCAACAGCUCAACAACACAACGGCUCUUUUAAGAGCCACACACCGAGUCAAUGAGAGCUCACAUCCUCUGCUCAACACAUCAGCCGUUUUCAGAGAAUAUGUCUUACAAUGUCAACAUUUCGUAGUUAUGUUAUAUCAAAACCUCAAAUAGUAUAAUUAUUAAUCAGUCUAUUUGGUCUUAAAUAUCAAAAAUAUAUACGUGACAUUUAGAAACUGUUAAUAUUUAUACAGUUUUAUUAUACUGUUAUUUAUAUAUAAUGUAUGUGUGUAUAUAUACUAUAGUGACAUCAGGCAGCCAACAGAUGUAACUGCUCUCCAGAUAUGUGAAUCGGAACAAGGUCCACUACCAGUUGAACUCUCCUACAUGUCCUGUAAGAAGCUUUGUUUUCCAGUAGCUCAGCUAUUCCUGUUUUAUUGAUCACUUGAACACCAAGUUAAGUUUCAGAGUAUAAUUUAAAAAAACUACAUUGUUAAAGUAUCGUUUCAGGACCAUGGA